AUGGAACGGGUUCUGAUGGUGCGAGGGGGUAUGACAGGUGAUUGGUUAGGGGCCGGGGAGAGGGUCGGUUGGGCCGGCAAAGAGUUUGGGUGUGGGUCAGAGGCGGUGGGCGAUUGGAGAGGUGAAGAGUUUGGGCCGGUUGGUGGAGAGGGGAUGGAUGGGCUGGUAUUGAGAGGAAUCCCAGACGCCGGGAUUGGGCUGGAUGGGUGGUUAGAGUGGGCCGUUGGGCUAGGGGAGGGAGGUGGACUGUGUGGGGUGGUCGGUUGGGGUUGGGUUGGAAGUUGUGGCGUAGCUGUUGGGCUAGGGGUGGGAGGUGGCGAGUUAUAUUGGGCUGGUGACGAGGUGGGUGUGGCUGGCGAAGUGGAGGAGUGA